AGGGGUUCAACUAUGGUGUAUGGUCAACAAAGAGGGGGCUGGAUUAAUUUAACAAUGGGAAAGACAUCUAAAGUUUGAUACCCUUCCGGUUCCAUUCGAGAAUCAAAUUCUACUGCUUCUCCGAUCUCCAUCAUCGUCAUCAUAAGUCUUCUCUAUCCAAAGUUACCGUUUAUAAAUUAGUGAUACCAAAAAAAUAAAAAUAAAAAUGAAAAGGGCUGUCAAGGUGGCCGUGAUCGGAGCAGGGCUGGCGAGCCUGGUAACGGCCCGCGAGCUGAAAAGAGAAGGCCACGAGGUAGUGAUUUACGAGAAGUCCGACCGUGUCGGAGGAUUAUGGGUUUAUGAUCCUCAAGUUGAAGAUGAUCCAUUGAGUUUGGAUCCAAACCGGAAGAUAGUUCACAGCAGCCUUUUCCGUUCGGUUCUGGCCACUUUCCCGAGAGAAAUCAUGGGGUUUUCGGAUUACCCCUUCUUCCCUGUGGAUGAUGAAAAUCAUGGUACUACUAUUCACGCAGAAUUCCCUCCCCAUGAGGAAGUGCUGCAUUUUCUGAACCAUUUCGCCAAGGAUUUUGAGCUGAUUCAGCUCAUCCGGUUUAACACCCAAGUGACUCGGGUUGCACUGAGUAAUGAUGAUGAAAAAUGCUCCUGGGUCGUCGAAUCAGUGUCGAAAAACGUUGGUUCGGCGUCGGAGUUGUUUCAGGCCGUUACGGUUUGCAGCGGUCAUUUUACUCUUCCAAGACUAGCCGAGCUUCCAGGGAUUGAUCAGUGGCCAGGAAAACAGAUCCAUUCCCACAACUAUCGGGAACCCUCGUCAUUCGAGAUCAGGUUUUAA